GUAACUUGUACCGCGCUUAGUUCACCGCGCACUCUGGAUCCGUCGAGACCUCUGCUCGCACAAGAACGUUCUGCAGCAUGUUUCAGAAGCUGGCCGAGGAUUACGAGAAAUUGAAGCGAUAUGUGAAAUGGCUUUACGUGCUCUACGAGCUCAACACACAGAUCGCCAUCUGUGAGCCCUGGGAGAAAGUGUUUUGCCACGUACUCCUUGGUAGCUGUCUUUCCCUUCUCCUGUACGCCUCCUAUGCCUUUGUGCCGGGAUAUUGUCUCACGCUGAUUAAGCUGCUGUGUCCAGCCUCUGGCGUACUCAGCCACGCCCACCCAUGUAAUAUUAAUUCCGAUGUUGUCUGCGGCAACGAAAGUGACGCGUUUUUAACCUAAUCUUAACUGUAGAUUAUCUUUUAUAAUAAAUUAUUUCAAACGUAA